UUUGCUCAGGAUCAGUGAGCCAAAGAGUCAGCGUGAUGAAAGAAGGGCAUACCAGCUUCUGGAGUUUGAUUCUCUCCAAGGUCAUUUUUAACCUGUUUUCCAAGCUUUUCUUUGAAUACAGGUUUCAGCUUCUAUUUUAGAAUUUACUCACACACAGCCCUGGGCCAGGAUGGCCAGAAAUCAGAGGAGAUGAGUCUUAGUCCAAUAACAUAGAGAGAGAGAGAGAGAGAGAGAGAGAGAGAAGUUGCCCACCCCACUGCACAGUUGUGCGUUAAAAUCAGAGACAUCAACAAUAGUAACAAAUUACUUACAGAGAGAGAAGAAUGCAGGCAGCAGAUGUGUCGUUUCUAUGAAUGCCAAUUCUACAAGCAUAUAUGAUCCCAAGAACCCAAGCAACAUAAAAACAUUUACUUUUGACCUGGCAUAUUGGUCCCAUGAUGGCUUUCUAAAGGACCAAGAUGGCAAGCUCAUUUCUGCUGGGCCAAACAGCAGAUAUUCAGGACAGAGGGAGGUUUUUCGUGACCUUGGACAGGGAGUUCUAGACAGUGCUUGGCAAGGUUACAAUGCUACUCUCUUGGCAUAUGGUCAGACUGGCUCAGGAAAGAGCUACUCGAUGAUUGGAUAUGAUGCAAACAGAGGAAUAAUCCCAGUGGUGUGUGAAGAACUCUUUAAAACAAUUCAGAACCAAGAGAAGAACGAGCAAUAUCAGGUUACGUUUAGCAUGCUGGAAAUUUAUAAUGAACAGGUAACAGAUUUGCUAUGUAGAAUCAAGAAGCGGGGUGGGCUCAAGGUAAGAGAAGAUCAGCAACAAGGCUUCUAUGUGGAUGGGCUGAAACUGGUACCCUGUGAUAGUUAUGCACAAAUUGAGAGACUAAUGGAACAAGGCACCAAAAUAAGAACCACUGCAUCAACCAGCAUGAAUGCCACCAGCAGUCGGUCUCAUAUGCUCAUCACCAUCCAGUUCAAACAGAUUUUUCUGAAAGAUGACAUCACCAAACAAUCCAUUAUAAAUCUGGUGGACCUGGCAGGAAGUGAAAGACAAAAAUCCUCAGGAUCAGAAGGAGACAGACUAAGGGAAGGGUCACGUGUAAAUCUGAGCUUAACUACAUUAGGAAAUGUGAUCAGUGCUCUGGCUGAGGCUGCCACGGGAAGGAGAGUAUUGCACAUCCCGUAUAGGGAUUCAGUUCUUACCAAACUCUUGCAGUCUGCUUUGGGAGGAAACAGCCGAACUAUUAUGAUUGCAGCUAUUAGUCCAGCAGACAUGUGUUAUGAGGAGACACUGUCAACUCUGAGAUACGCUGAGAGGUAUAUUGUUUUGACAUCUUGUAUGAUUAGUGCUUGGAUGGAAACCCAAGAGGGAACAAAAAGGAUAAAGAACAAAGCUGUGAUAAACACAGGUCCAACAGCAAAGCUGAUAAAUGAACUGAAGGCAGAAAACUGUAAUCUUUUGUCCAGAUUAUCAGGUCUUGGAAAUUCUGGUAGACCUGUAGAAGAUGAAACAAAAGAGCUGCGCUGUUUGCUGGCUGAAAAUGAACUGCGGAUCCAGGCCAUUCAAGCAACUUGGGAAUACCGCCUGGAAGAAGCUCGGAAAGAAUGGGAACAGCAGUAUGCUGCAGUCACUCAGGAAAGGUGGAUGAUGGAAACAUUUCCUUAUCUUGUGAAUAUCAAUGAAGACCCUCAGCUUUCAGGGGUUCUCAAAUAUUUCAUUCAAAAUGGUUCUUCUGAUGUUGGUCAGUCAUCCUCAAAUGCAAUCGCUCUCAGAGGGUUGGGUAUUCUGGAUAAGCAUGCGACCUUCACAAAUGCGGAUGGCAAAGUUACCAUAACUCCUCGGGAUAAUUGUAAAGUUAUUGUUAAUGGAGUACCCAUUGCUGUGAAAACAAAACUGCAUCAUCUGGACCGGAUUAUUCUGGGGUCAAACAGUGCAUACCUCUACUUUGGCCCUCCUGCUGAGCGUACAAACGAGGACAUGAGCAGAUAUGAUUAUGAUUUUGUCCAGUCAGAGUUAGCAGCAGCAGAAGGCUUCAGUGUAGAUAAACUUAGUGCUGCAAACAGGAAGGAUGGCAAGCCGGAUUCCAGCGUCCUUGCCGUGUUUCAUGAUUAUAUUAAGUUGAUGCCAUUGGUUGCUGAAGCAAACCAGAUGAGUGUGGAACUGAAGAAGGACCUACAACUGGAUUUGAAAGUGAAAAAUCUGGCAUCCACUGACUCUAGAGGCUAUGACCUGCAAAAGGAAAUCAUAGUUAAAGUGAUACACAAAGUUACUAAGCAGGUGUGGGUUUGGUCAAAAUCGAAAUUCAUCAAUAGGAAAUUUUUAAUGGAAGAGCUUUACCAGCGGUUCUUAGAUGGUGAAGAUGUGCAUGUUGACCAAGAAAGUGAUCCAUUUUGGGAUCCAGUAGAAGUAAUUCAUUUAGGUUCUGCUCAUAUCUGGCUCCAGUCCCUUGCUUACUGCAUGAAACUUGAAGAACAAACUGAAGUCCUAAAUUCUGAAGGAAUGGAGGAAGCCAUCAUACUAAUCAAUAUAAUCCCAUGUUCUCCAAAUGGGAGAGCCUUUGGAGAGGAUGAUAUGGUUAUUGAUCCCUUUGAACUGCUGGGCAAAAGGCUUGACUUCCAAAUCCAUAUUUUGCAGUGUCUUGGAGUCAAAUGGAUUAAAGACGUAGCACAGAGAGGGAUUCAGAUUGGAUACAGAGUUUAUGACCUUCCAUACUCAUUAUACACAAAACCUGCCUGGAAAAAUGUGAAUCCAAAGAUAGAAGAAGUUGUCAGAUUUUCAGCCAUGAAGACAUCCCAUGAAUUUCUGAACUAUCUGCAAAAAAAUGCUUUAAUUGUUGACUUGUGGGGGCUUCAAGAAGGAUGUUCAGAAAUGGACUCUUCCCACCAAGACAUGGAACUCACCAGUGAGGGCUCUCUUUCCAUUGAUACUCCUAAAGCUGAGGUUUUGACCCACAAUAAUCUGGGCAAAGAAAAUGAAGUUGCUGAGCUUUGCCAAAAGCUAUUAAAACUAGAGCAAGAGACUGAACUACUCAGAGAUAUUAACAGAACUCUACGGGAAGAAAAUGUACUUCUGAUGGAUAAACUGAAAGCAUGUGAAGCAGAAACACAUCUAAGCAAAACCUUAAAAUCCCCUACAAAACCCCAAGCUACUAAGGUCACUCCAUCAACACCAAAAGAUACUCAGCCAGCAUGCAAUUCUAGGACAAGCUGUGAUGCUGAAUUAGCUAAAGCUCUCAAAGUCUUCUACCAGAAUAUGAAUGUGAUCAGAGGACUGUUUUUAAAACUAAAGCACUACAAAGCUCCGGAGGAAGAUAAUGUUCAGCUACUUCGACUUUUUGCUGAGAAACAAUCAAACAUGUUAAAGGAUUUUGGAGAACAAUUUGAGUCGAGUAUAAGUACACUGAAAAAUGAUGUUGCUUUAAUAGUUAAAAAGAAGCGAGAGAGGCUAGGUUACAGCAAGCCAUAAAGUUGCUGCAUUGCACUGUCACCAAAUAAAAAUGUAGUGCUUUAGUAUACUAAUUACAGCUGUGCUUAAGCUUAUCUUGUUGUGUACCAACAAACUAGGAAAUGAUACCCGUAUUUACCACUCUGCAUACCUAGAAUACUCAUGCACCAAAAAGUGGUGGCCAGUACUUACUUCACACCAUUGACUAGCCACUUCUUUACCACCAUCCCUUUUUUAUGUUGUUUUGCUUAAGAUAAUGAAUUCAGAAUGGAUCCAGAACACCUUCCUCUACACACAGUAGCUCAUUUAUGUUUGCUCUUACUACUCCGUGUGUCUCAGAGUGGUAGGGUGUAUGUGUGCGUGCAUGAACAGUGGGUAUGCAAAAUUAAAAACUUGCCUUUGGCAUUAGGCACAAGGAG